AUGAUAAUCAUAGCGAAACUCGUUUUUUUUAAAGAAGCGGAUAGCCACAUACUGUCAUUAAAAGAAAAGUAUCGUACAAAAGCAGUUGUCAACAAGCAAACUUUCAAUGAUAUAAUGAUUACAUUAAAAUUAGAAAAAGGUAAAAAUAGCACCUUGUCAGCGAAGUUUAUGCUUUGGUCAAAGAAUAAUUUUGGUCUAAAAAACAUUGCUGGUAUUGACAUUAUUGACAUUGUAUGUGACAAAAAAAGUGUUAAACCCAUUGCACUUUACGAGUCAUUUUUUCAAAUUAUUGGAGAAUGUCGCAGUAGAAUCUCUCAUGGAGGACGGAAUAAAACAUUAAAAGAAAUUCAAGCGAACUAUAAUUGGACCCCUCAUGCUUUUGUUGAUAUUUUUAUGAAACAAGGUGUUGAAUGUCAGAUACGUAAAUCUAUUAAAACACCUGUUGUAUCUAGACCAAUUAUUUCUGUAGGAGUGAUGGCCAAAGUACAAAUAGACUUGGUAGAUAUGCGAAGUCGUCCUGAUGCUGUUAGUAAUGAUGUUAUAUAUUCAUGGAUUUUACACUGCAAAGAUCACUUUUCGAAAUACACCUGGGCCGUUGCAUUGAAAGCAAAAUCAGCAGAGGAAGUUGUUCUUCAUUUGCGAACGAUCUUUUUUACAUUUGGGCCUUGUCGUAUACUACAUAGCGACAACGGUAAAGAAUUUGUUAACAGUAAAUUACAAUCCAUUUUACGUUUAAGAGUAGCCGAAUAUUACAAUUUAAAAAGGAAUUACGUCGUCUCUGGGAGAAAUAUUAUAUUUACAAGGGUUCUUCAAUGA